AUGACGAGCCCGGAUUCCCAGACCAUAGAGCUGGACCGCCAAUACCUGGAUACGGUCUUUGUCCACGGCCGUGAGUAUCAGAAAUAUGCGAUCGACCACCGCAUAUAUUUCGGCCCAAUCGACGAUGAAGAAGCAGAACGCCUGGAAGCUGAGCAGCAAGUGUUCCAGAGGAUUUUCGAUAAUCGUCUGGUCUUUCCGCCAAUUCGUCGGCUGAGAAGGGUUCUAGACUGUGGGCAUGGAGCCGCCUCCUGGGCUAUAGAGGUUGCUGAACGGUAUCCAGACUGUGAUGUAAUUGGCGUGGACAUUGCCCCGCACAUGAGCCCAGAUGAUGUUCCGGACAAUCUUUGGCUACAGGUUGAUGACUUGAAUCGAUCAUUCACAUUUCCUUCGAACCACUUUGAUCUUGUACACUCUCGACUCCUUGCGACCGGCAUCCACCGUACUAGAUGGCCGUCCUAUGUCCGCGACAUCGUCAGGGUAUUGAAACCGGGUGGAUGGGUUCAAAUGGUCGAAGUAUAUCACAUGGUGCAAUCCGACAACGGCGCAAUCACCGAUCAGCAUGCCCUGAGAAGAUGGAGUAGGCAAUACAUGCGUGCCUUGGAUGACAGGAAAGAUCUUCGUAUUGGGUCGAAGUUGAAGACUCUUCUCUUGGAGGCAGGACUGGAGGAAGUCGACUCGAACAUGAUUCCUCUUCCUUUGUCGGCAUGGUCAACCGAUAGAAGGAUGCGAGCCAUUGGGCAGUGCAACAGUGAUAACAUCCGGCAACUCCUUCGAUCUCUGGCACUAUACCCCCUCACUCAACGCUUGCACAUGUCGGCAGAGAAUUUUGAGUCGUUGGUGCAACAAGCACAAGAAGAGGCCAGGGAUCCUUCCUUGAAGGCAUAUUUCCCAUUGUAG